GUGACUCUAAUUAAAACAGGUAAUUGUUGAGAGGUACCACAAAGAGAAAUACCUUCCUCUCUUGGACAAAACCAAGUUUCUUGUUCCCGAGGAGCUGACCAUGACGCAGUUCAUAACCAUCAUCAGAAGCAGGAUGGCUCUAACUGCUACACAAGCUUUCUACCUGCUGGUGAACAACAAAAGCCUAGCCAGUAUGUCCUUGACAAUGGCAGAAGUGUACAGGGACUACAAAGACGAAGAUGGCUUUGUGUAUAUGACAUAUGCUUCCCAGGAGAUGUUUGGAUGCUUUUUACCCACUGCUCAAGGGAAAACUAUGGAAUGCCUUCAAAAAACUUAAGGUUGGGUCCAUGUGCUGCCGUGAAGCAGUUUGCUAUGAACCAUGCCUGUGACAUGAACCUCGGAGAUGCUCCUUCCAAUAUGAGCUCAUGAGCUCUUGAGCUCUGUAGUGGGGAGUUAUGACCCAAAAGCUGGCAGGGCCAGCUUAAGGCGGAAAUGGUGGUACACUUUUCCUAGAUAAUAAUUUGGAUAUAUAUUUUUAUAUUUGAAGACACUAUGGGGUUUUUUGAAACUGCACCUCCACUUUUUUUGCAAUAUCAAUCUUUGUUAUGUAACUGAUUUUUUAAGGUGUCCUUAAAGCCUAAGUCUAAGAGUAAAAUAAAGAAGCUUUUAAGUA